AUACACACGUACAGCAGUAAAGAAAACAAAAAACAUCCAUCAAUUCGUGUCAUAUUCAUACACGUAUGUAAAUCAUUUUGACAUUUUGAAUCCAUACAUGUAAGAUCUCUGUUAGAUGACUAUUUAUGCAAAUAAAAAUGUAUUUUCUUAUAUUAGAAAACAAAAGUUACUUUUGUAAAGACUGAGAUUGUAGUUCCUUGCCAACCAACAACCCAUAUAAUACUACUCCCCAACACCAAAACACAACACAAACUUAAAAAUGGAAGAAGAGAAGAGAUUGGAGCUUAGGCUGGCUCCUCCCUGUCAACAACUCACAUCCAACAACAACAUCAAUGGAUCAACACAAAGAAGCCUCGCCAAAGAAACAUCAUUUGUUUUCAAUAACAGGGUUGAGACAGCUCCGGUGGUGGGAUGGCCGCCGGUGAGAUCAUCCCGGCGAAACCUAAUGGUGCAGCCAAAAGAGGAGAUGAAGAAGGGAGUGAACGAUGAAGUGAGAGAGUUGUACGUUAAGAUCAAUAUGGAAGGAGUUCUCAUUGGAAGAAAAGUCAACCUCUCCGCUUUUAACAACUACCAACAGCUUUCACAUGCCGUUGACCAACUCUUCACUAAGAACGAUUUGGCUAAUAUAAACAGACAAUACACUUUGGUCUACGAAGACAAUGAAGGAGAUACCGUUCUGGUCGGAGAUGUUCCUUGGGAGAUGUUUGUAUCGACGGUGAAGAGAUUGCACGUUUUAAAGACCUCCCACGCCUCCAUGCUCUCACCUAGAAAACAUGGCAAGGCAUAAAGUGAGGUUCACCAAUAUCGUCAGUUCGAUGUUUUGUUUAAAAUGUAAUUUAUGUAAACCAUGUGGCUUGGCUUGAUUUACUGAGAUUUCUUUAUUGGUUACUUAGAUUUUGUUUUUUCCAACUUAUGUUUCUAAAAUGUAAUUUAUGUAAACCAUGUGGCUUGGCUUGAUUUACUUAGAUUUCUUUAUUUGGCUUUAUUCACCAACA